ACCACACACAAGAGCUCACACAGGCAAGACAGACACCGAAGUAUCCACACGACCAGACACCAGCACGCGACACAAGAGGCCUUUGGAGGAGCGAUACACUACACGUACACGAUGCAGACGGCGAAGGUGAAGGACAUGGUGAGCUCGGCCAAGGAGAAGGCGCAGGAGGGAUCGGCCGAGGUGCAGGGCAAGGCGGGCAAGGCCGCGGCGACCACGCACGGCGAGAAGGAGAUGGCCAAGGAGGAGGAGCGCGCGCGCAAGGCCCAGGCCGACGCGCAGAAGCACCAGGAGAAGGCCGACGCGGCAGCGGGACGCCACGGCGCGGCCGGGACGCGCGGCCACUACGGCCCCGUGGGCACCCCCGUGGCCCCCGACCCCGCGUACCCGGCCAGCGGCUGGCACCCGGCGGCGGAGAAGUACAUCUAGAGAUGGCCAGGGGAGCAGGGUCUAGCUUUUAGUCUGUAACCUGCCCGUCUGUGGUACGUAGUUGGUGCACGAGUGUAUGCUGUGUGCAUGCACACCCAUGUGCCGGAAUAAAAUGUAUCAUGUUGUAAAUAUUGCCUUCGAUGUUCUAGUUUGAGUGUUGUUGUAUGAA